GGAUGACAUACACGUGACUAUAGCGGAGAAACAAUGUUCCGACAGCGCCCUCCCGAAUCACAGGGUCUCGAUUGGUCGGUUUAUCUUCUCUUCUACAUAUUCCGUCCUCGUCGCUUCGGCCACUCGUCGGGCGCAAUUGCAUUCCUCUGUGGGAAGCAGUUGCCUGACUCAUCUCAUAUCUGCGUCGCUUCUCGCUCGACAGUCCGUUGCAUCGGAUAUCUCGCCAGUCGGAGAAUUUGGGCACCUCGGUUAUAUCGGUCAUCUACGGCACUUGAGGAUAGCUUGAAUCGUAAUCGAUCAGUAUCUUGGUUACCGGUCCUGGGAAAGCAGACACUCUGUUUAUACUGUCUUUCUUAUCAUCUUGCAAGCAGCCCAUGGAAUGAAACAGUACACCUCACACCACCUCUUGUCGCCUUUUCUAUCAGCAUCACUCUCAAGCAGUCCGUUCAUUCCACUUUAUCCCAGACCUUGAAGAUCCAUCAUGGCUGCAAGCUCGCUCCUUGUUGCGCCUAUCCGCGCAUCCGGACAAUAUGGUCCCCGUCUAUUCAAUGGGGUCAGAUCCAUCCCCAUUGCCCAUGGCUCUGCCGCGCGGACAGUUUGGCAGGGUGUUCCGUCAAAGGAGCCCUGCUAUUCCUCGAUAUUUACGUUGGCCAGACACUCGCGUUCCCUGCAGCACCGGUAGGAUCUCUCCUUUUUCAAAGCCGGAUCGAUGUUGACCGGUUUUCAGACCAUCGGCAAUGAAGUCCUUGACCUGUACCGGGGCAUCCCAAUGGGUACAAGCAUUCCACCAGCAGAAGACGCUGUUGGAGGAUAAGAAAGAAUCGGAACAACCGCUUCCUGAUGGCUCUAAAUCCGACUCCAAGAAGUCGCCAAUUCUUUCUCGGAUACCGCGGCCAACUACUCAUGAAAACAUCUACACCGUGCCCAACGUUCUCACCUUCUCACGCUUGGUCGCUGCUCCUCUAGUGGGUUACUUCCUGGUGCACGACCACCAUGCAGCAGCGCUGGGACUCUUUGCGUAUGCUGGAAUUACGGACCUGGUUGAUGGUUAUAUUGCGCGACGCUAUAAUCUCCAAACGGUAGUUGGCACGAUCAUUGAUCCGAUGGCCGAUAAGCUACUCAUGACCAUCGGUGUUGCUUGUUUAGCGGUCAAUGGGUCCAUUCCCGUUUGGCUUGCUGUCAUCAUACUUGGCCGGGAUAUUGGUCUUGCCAUAUCCGCUAUUUACUAUCGCUGGAUCUCUCUCCCGCCGCCCAAGACUAUGGCCCGCUACUGGGAUUUCUCUCUGCCAUCUGCAGAGGUGAAACCCACGGCAAUCUCAAAGGUCAACACGGCUCUGCAGCUUCUGCUCGUCGGAAGUGCCAUCGCCAUGCCUGUGGUUCCAGAGCCAUUCCUCGAUGCAUGGCACUUGAAGGAGGCAAUGACCGCAUUCCAGUACCUCGUCGCGGGAACCACCGUUUGGUCCGGCCUGAGCUACGUCUUUUCUAGAAACGCGGUGAAAAUCCUCACGAAGGAGGAAAUCCAGAAGCGCAUUGCCAGGGCCAGUGCAAACAAAAAGUCUUCGUAGAUUAUCGAGUCCGAGCUGUAUAGUACCAUGUGUAUUGUAUGUAUAUAAAUAGCCGUGGCAUAGCAUACCUAGCAUAUCAUAGUGGAUGUUUGUCAGACUCAUUGAAGCAAGCAUAUUCUUUGUUUGUUCAUGUUUUGUCUUCUUCUUCUCUCUUCAUCCUACUUA